CUCUCAUUCUCCCUCAUUUCCAACCCUCCACUCGCUGCUCCUUUCGUUUUCCUUUCCUUUCCUUUUCUGUAAUAGUAAUAAUAAUGAUAUUAAUACAUUUUAGUGUUCUCUAAUCAUCUCUAUCUACACCUCAUUUUCCGCUGGUGGUAAAAUCGCGUGAGCCUUCACACCGAAGCCGAGACACACGGAGAAGACACCCAUUUCUACUUACUCAAUUAUUUAUUUAUUUUUAUUAUUUCCCGAGCAAACCACAAUUACACACAAAAGCUAACAGAGAGAAAGGGUCUAAAAGUUUCUUCAUCCCUUCCUCUUACCGUUAUUGUGGUUUUGAACAUUAGUGAUCCUUUUUCUGGUCAAUUUCGUUUACUGGGCCGUAAAUCUCUGGAUAUGCACUUUGAUUAGUCUAAGGCGGUCCCAACUUGACCCUAUUGUUUCAACAGAAGCAAUUAGCACUGCGGAUCAUGCUAAUUCUCUAUGUUUCAUUGCUUAAAAGAUGGGAGAUCAUUCCAUUUCUUUAAUGGCACCCUUAGCUUUUAGCAUGUUGAGGACAGAUAUCUUUCAGUCAAUGCAAAUAUGUAGCUGCUCAUGGCUUUCAAGGAUGUGAUUUCAUUUAGUCAUAUGGAUGAUGCUUUCAUGAGGUUGGUUGAGGGGGUUCGUUUAAAGGACAUGGUUCUUGACAACAUUUUAUCUUCUCCUCAUCGGAGGUCACCGUCUUUUCGGAAACAAUUCCCCCGGGAUGAGUUGGGUAGCUGGUCAACACUCGUUCAGAGGCACCGUUUCCUAUUAACAGCAUUGGUUCUUCUGGCUUUCCUAUGCACCAUCUAUCUUUACUUUGCUGUUACUUUAGGGGCGACUGGAUCUUGUUCUGGCUUGACAGGGAAACAGAAAGCAUUAUGUAACUUAGAGCUGGCAAAGUCGUCAGUCAAGGGCAAAAUGAAAUUUUUCUAGCACAUUGACAACAAUUUUAAUUGAUAGUUUUUUUUUUUUUAACCCCUUUAAUCAUUCUGAGGGGGUGCCCGAGCUUCUUGUUGGUUACUUUAUACAUGAUUGCCACCGGAAUUUGUCAUGGAAAAGUUAUAAUCACAUCAGAACAUUAUCCUUAGCUUGAAUUUGAUUUUCUAGGUGAUAUUUUCUUGUGGUUAAAAUAUUUUAUAUCAAAUUGAUAAUUUGAGAUACAUAUUCCAUUA